UUCACCAUCCAUUCGUAUUCAUAUUUCUCCAGAGAGCCAAGGAGCUUUGGCGUUUGACAUCCCACCCGCAGCCUUGGAGAAAGCUAAGGAGACCCUACCUAACACAAGUUCAGGAUGUGCUAACCCAAAAGCCCAAUUCAUCCUGUAUCGCACAGACAGUCUCUUCCAGGACAAAAGCCUGUCCAGUUCCACGCAGGUAUUCUCCUCGGUCAUUUCAGCACAAGCAGGGGAAUCCAGUUUGAGCAAUUUAAGCGACCCGGUCGUGAUCGCGUUCAAUGUUUCCACGUACAACAACACUGACUUACCCCAGCCAAUCCCGCCUGGCACGGACAGCAGUGGAGUACGGUUUAAAUGUGUCUACUGGGAUCGAUCAACAACCUUCGGCAGGUGGAGUACGGAGGGAUGUAAUUUGACGCGCAGUGAAGGCCGAGCUGUCUGCCAGUGCAAUCAUUUGACAAGUUUCGCGCUCUUAGUGUCCCGCACCAGUUCAGUGGCUCAACCAUCGGGCCCCAAAAGCGCCGCGCAAGUUGGGAUCUCCGUUGUUUCCUAUAUUGGCUGUGCGUUAUCUAUGUGUGGCUUGCUGGCCACGAUCAUCAUCAUCUCCGUUCUAAAAAAACAGCGCUCCCACAGUCACCAGAAGUUGAUGAUCGGUCUUUGCACCACCCUAUUCUUAGUUCUGCUCCUGUUCGUAUCGGCGGUGGAGCCGGCUGCCUGGAAUCGAGGACUGUGUCAGACGAUAGCCUUCCUCAUGCACUAUCUGUUGCUGAUGGCGUUCAUGUGGAUGUCAGCCGAUGCCACUCUUCUCUACACUCAGCUGGUGACGGUCUUUGGGGGACUGUCCAUCGGCAACCUGCUAAAUUAUAUGUUGCUCCUGAUAUUCGGUCUACCUCUCCUGAUAGUGGUUGUCACUGCUGCGUCCACUCAGAUGGAAGCUUACGGAAAUGAACAUCACUGCUGGAUUGCUGACAAUGCGGUCUUCUAUGCUGCAUUCUUUGCACCCAUGUGCAUCACACUUCUCUACAACAUGAUCAUCUUGAUCACGGUCAUCAGAUCAUUGCAUCACCGGUCCAAGAACGUCAAGACGGCGAGCCGGAAGAAGGAUACCUCGGGGAAGGUCUAUUUGCUGCGCAUCAGCGUAUCGUUGUCGCUGAUGCUGGGAUUGACCUGGCUGUUCGGCAUGUUGACUGUGCUCACUGAUCACAUCGCCGUCCAGUACAUAUUCGCGCUGUUCAACACUCUCCAGGGUCUGUUCAUAUUUUUACACACAAUACAGUCCAAGGAUGUGCGCAAGGAGUGGACGGAGAGCUUCAGCAGCAGCUCCAGGCGUAGAUCCACUCGGGAUACCUUCGCGUCUGGUUCUUAUCCACUGGUCACAAUACGGCGAUUGGUGGACAUGGGCGACAGCAGGAUUGGCAAGUUCCGCAACUCCUUCCGCAGCAGCCUCUCGAAGCGCGACUCCCAACGUCCGAAAACCAGCACAGCGGAAGCACAAACGACAUCUGCUGCCACAACGCAAGACAUCACCAGUAGCCGCUCAACAGACAGGCCUGUAGCCACAGACAGCAGCAGUACAGUGUACGCUUCCAUAGCCCCAGCACGUAGCAGAGCCUCAACCUAUACAGAACCAACAUCCCAGACCACCUGCUCCCCAGGUGACACCGUUAUAGUUGGUGCUCUACCACCAGAGAACACUCCAAUCUCAAGUGACGAUCAUCAGAUCAUCUACACGCUCUUAUCGUUUGAUGACGUUCCCGUUAAGGGCAAGGUGACAGUGUUCGAGGAGAACCAACCUGUUGCUGCUGUCGAGGUACAUGAGACUACGUGGAACCAAGGUACUGCCCAGGGUGUGGAGGAGACCAUCGCGGAGUCCAUUCCCGCCAAGAGGGAAUGGAUUUCGUCCAGCGUGUGAUCUCCCUCUAUCUGCCUCUCACGUGGAUGUUUCUUUUCCUGUUAUUUGUGCAAUCCAUUGGUCUACGAUACACCCGUCUUUCCAAGAAAGAUCUGCACUUUACUGUAGCGGGCAUAGUGUGCACAUAAGAAUAAUCGGACUGCGCUUUACUGCCAAUACUGUUGCAUUACCUUGAUCUAGGUAUUCUUAGAAUGUCUCGCUCUAGGACACUGGCGUUUUACUCAGUAAGUCUUCAUUCCCGGCCCUGAUGCACAGUCCUAGGCACAGAGCAUAAUCAUAGCAUAAUUACGAUAUCAGGUGUGCAGGACAUUAUAGCGUAACUUGUAGUUCCUUGGUCCUUUUUCUUCUAUAAAUUGCGAUAUCGAUGAUGAUAUUCUAAGCGAUGAUCAACAGCUUUCAAUUGUCAAUUUUUCGUCAGACUGUUUCCCAUAUUUCCCAUUUCAACACCCUCAAAUGAGGAAUAUGGCCUAGUACCUUUACGAAUUCAGAUAUUGCCACUUGCGUACUUUAAGCGCUUCAAUUCAUUGAAUUCAUUGAAUCCCAACGGUUACACGUCUCAAAAAGUAAGCUACACGUGUCACUGAACUAGCAGAGAACAAUGAGUAACUAGCCUAGUUCGCAAAUCUGACUUACUGCAAGCUCUCCAAUCAUGAACUUCUCAAUUUCCCAAUUCUGCGAACACCAACAUACAUGUAUACUCACCCUAAAGGACAUCUGAAUAUGCACAGCUCGUCUCCGCUUUCCCACGAUUUGUACUAACUCUCCUUGUAUAUCCUGGAAUUUGGAUGUCUCCUUUGGUUUAUGCCGUUGAGGCCAACCAGAA